UAUAAAUAAGUCAUUUUUAAGUAUAACUUUAUUCUUAUUAAAUCUCAGUUGUCAAAAACUAAUCGAAUUGCUACGGGAGAAUUGCUUGGCUGAAUCCCCAGCAAUUAUAAUAAUGAACAACCACCUUCUCCACUACAUCUCACAUCAGCAUACCAUAGUAAACUAAUAAUCUGGCUCUUUGUUUAGUUAAUCCUUCUAGUUUUAAUAUUCAAAAAGUAUUUAUAAAAAAUGGCAUCUGCAAUUCUUUUAGGAAUCGGGAUUGCUGCUUCUGCUGCAGUGGGUAAAAUUGGUAUCGACGCCUUUAAAAAGUACCGUAACAUAAAUGGAUCAGUGAAAAACUUUGUCAAAGGAGGUUUCGAACCAAAAAUGUCACGGACAGAAGCUAUUCAAAUUCUAUCUUUAAAUAGCCGUGGUUUAACUCGUCAAAAAGUAAAAACAGCCCAUCGUCGUUUGAUGCUGGCAAAUCACCCAGAUCGCGGUGGUAGCGCCUAUGUAGCCAGCAAAGUUAAUGAGGCAAAAGGCUUAUUAGAUGCAGACCGCUCAAUCCGGGGCUUCAGCUCUUGGGCAAUUCCCCCCUCUAGACCCGUGCAAAAGAUACCAAGUGUUUUGGAAGCAGUCGAAUCUAUGAAACAGUACUCUUUAAACUGUCCAAGACAAUAAUAUUUUACGCUUUUUAACGCUGAUAAAUGCCUUAUUAUUGAGUUUUUGCUUACUAAAUCUGAUAGUAAAAAUCCUACUUUAGUAAAAGCUGUAUAAAAAAUUAUAAUAUGUCGCAUCGUUUCUUGGGUUUUUGAUUUUUUUUACCUCGGCAUGUUUCGUGAGUCACUCACAGUCUCUUUAAGUUGUUCGAGAUGUGUGAUUUGGUACUGUAUUGCCAGAUAUGGAGGAUCAAUUGAUUUUUCUCGUUUUAUUACCUGUUAA